AUAAAUGCUAACCACUCACAGAACCAAAGGUUCAAGGAGGGAAUAAGAGAGGACCUGGUGUGCCCUGCACUGCUGUCAGGUCUGAGAGCCAGAGCUCAGGGCGCCUCCACCAUGGCCUGGACCCCCCUCCUGCUCCCCGUCCUCUCUCUCUGCACAGGUUCUGUGGCCUCUUCUGCACUGACUCAGCCCUCCACGGUGUCCGUGUCCUUGGGACAGACGGCCAGGAUCACCUGCAAAGUAGACAGCUUAGGAAGCUAUGCUGCUCAGUGGUACCAGCAGAAGCCAGGCCAGGCCCCUGUGCUGGUCAUCUAUGGAAAUAGUAAUAGGCCCUCAGGGAUCCCUGAGCGGUUCUCUGGGUCCAAGUCAGGGGGCACAGCCACCCUGACCAUCAGCGGGGCCCAGGCCGAAGACGAGGCCGACUAUUACUGUCAGUCAGGAAGCAGCAAUGCUAAUGCGAAUGUCUUGGGCAGCAGGACCCAUCUCACCGUCCUAGGUCACCACGAGGGCGCACCCUCGGUCACUCUCUUCCCGCCCUCCUCUGAGGAGCUCACCACCAACAAGGCCACCCUGGUGUGUCUGAUCAGUGACUUCUACCCGGGCAGCGUGACGGUGGCCUGGAAGCAAGAUGGCACCACCGUCACGCAGGGCGUGGAGACCAGCAAGCCUUUGAAGCAGAGCAACAACAAGUACGCGGCCAGCAGCUACCUGACCCUGUCGCCCAGCACGUGGAAGUCUCACCGCAGCUACAGCUGUCGGGUCACGCACGAGGCGGGCACCGUGGAGAAGACGGUGUCCCCCUCCCAGUGUUAGGCCCCCGGGCCCCCACCCUCGGGGGCUUCCUCACCCAGACCCCCCUCCCCACUCUCCAUGGACCCCUGAGCCUCUGCCCAGGUCAGCUCAGACCAGGCAGGUCUCAUCCCGCCCUGUUCCUGCUCCCCCUUAAUAAAGACCUUGUCAUUUAUCAUCUGA